UCAAUCCUAACGCGUUCAUCGCGCUGUACGUGUAGUGUUGUGUGAACGAUCAACUACGCGGCGAAUACUAUUUACUGAACAGAAGGCAAUAAGGAGGAACAAGGAUGGGGGCGAUGUUCAGGAGCGAAGAGAUGGCCUUGUGCCAGCUCUUCAUUCAACCAGAGGCGGCGUAUACCUCCGUCUCAGAGCUUGGCGAAGCAGGCACCGUGCAAUUCAGGGAUCUGAACCCGGAUGUGAACGCAUUCCAGCGUAAAUUCGUGAAUGAAGUACGUCGGUGCGAUGAGAUGGAGCGCAAAUUGCGAUAUAUUGAGGCGGAGGUACACAAAGAUGGCGUUCAUGUGCCCUCAGUCAAGGAGCCACCUCGAGCCCCUAAUCCCAGAGAAAUCAUAGAUCUUGAGGCACAUUUAGAAAAAACCGAAAACGAAAUUCUGGAGUUGUCCCACAACGCGGUGAACCUGAAACAGAAUUACCUGGAACUUACAGAACUGAGACAUGUUCUUGAGAAAACAGAAGCAUUCUUCGUCGCUCAGGAGGAAUUCGGCAUGGAUUCUCUGACUAAGUCUCUAAUAUCAGACGAACAAGGUCAACAAGCCGCCGCCCGGGGCCGCCUCGGCUUCGUAGCCGGCGUGGUACAACGCGAGCGUGUGCCCGCCUUUGAACGGAUGCUGUGGCGUAUCUCCCGCGGAAACGUGUUCUUGCGUCGUGCUGAACUUGACAAACCUCUUGAGGAUCCCACAACUGGCAAUGAGAUCUACAAAACAGUGUUCGUGGCGUUCUUCCAAGGCGAGCAGUUGAAGUCUCGUAUCAAGAAGGUGUGCACCGGUUUCCACGCGUCGCUUUAUCCGUGCCCACCCUCCAACACCGAGCGUCAGGACAUGGUCAAAGGUGUUCGUACCAGGCUCGAGGAUCUUAAUAUGGUUUUGAACCAAACCCGCGAUCACAGACAACGCGUUCUCAUCAGCGUUGCUAAGGAGCUGCCGAGCUGGUCCAUCAUGGUGCGCAAAAUGAAAGCCAUAUAUCACACGCUUAACUUGUUCAAUAUGGAUGUCACUAAGAAGUGCCUCAUCGGGGAGUGCUGGGUGCCUACGGCUGAUCUGCCCAACGUACAGAAGGCUUUGGCCGAUGGUUCCAAUGCCUGCGGCAGUUCGAUACCGUCGUUCCUAAACUGCAUCGAGACUGACGAAGAGCCGCCAACGUUUAACCGCACCAACAGGUUCACUCGCGGUUUCCAGAACCUCAUCGAUGCUUACGGUGUUGCCUCCUACAGGGAAUGUAACCCUGCUUUAUACACGAUCAUUACUUUCCCAUUCCUGUUCGCUGUGAUGUUCGGCGAUCUCGGCCACGGCUUAAUUAUGGCAAUGUUCGGCGGGUGGAUGGUCCUUAAGGAAGUGUCGCUUGCCGCAAAGAAAUCUAACAACGAAAUCUGGAACAUAUUCUUCGCUGGCCGUUACAUCAUCUUGCUUAUGGGCUGUUUCUCUAUGUACACGGGCCUUGUGUAUAAUGAUAUAUUCUCGAAGUCUAUGAACAUAUUCGGAUCGUCGUGGUUCGUGCCAUAUGAUAACCAUACAUUGGAGAGUGCAGCUGCCUUUACAUUAGACCCAAAGGAUUCGUAUACUGAUAUACCCUACUUUAUCGGUGUGGAUCCUAUUUGGCAGACCGCAGACAACAAAAUUAUUUUCUUGAACUCAUACAAAAUGAAACUGUCCAUUAUCUUUGGUGUUGUGCACAUGAUCUUUGGUGUCUGCAUGAGCGUCGUCAAUUACAACUUCUUCAAGCGUCGCUACUCUAUCGUGCUGGAAUUCCUGCCACAAGUAAUAUUCCUGUGUUUGCUCUUCUUGUACAUGGUAUUCAUGAUGUUCUACAAAUGGGUCGCCUACAGCACAUUUUCACCGGAUCUGGCUUACCAACAAGGCUGCGCGCCAUCAGUCUUGAUCCUGUUCAUCAACAUGAUGUUGUUCUCAAGCAACGAACCCGAGGAGGGCUGCAAGGAGUUUAUGUUUGACAGUCAGGGCACAAUUCAACGCGUAUUCGUACUAGUUGCACUCUGCUGUAUACCCGUGAUGCUGCUCGGUAAACCAUUAUACCUGCUCUCCGCUAGCAAGAAGAAGAAGGAUGUUAAGCCGGAACAAUCAAAUGGCUCCGUAAACCAAGGUAUUGAGAUGCAAGAACAAACUGAUAUUGGUGACGGUGAACACCCGAAACCGGAGGCGAAGUCGAGUGGCGGCGGCGGUCACGGCGGUCAUGACGAGGAACCAUUCAGUGAGAUCAUGAUCCACCAGGCCAUCCAUACUAUUGAGUAUGUUCUCAGCACCAUCUCACAUACAGCAUCAUAUCUCCGAUUGUGGGCGCUCUCGCUUGCUCACGCAGAAUUGUCGGAGGUGCUGUGGAACAUGGUGCUAACAUUCGGCCUGAAGGACCAUGACUACAUCGGCGCGAUCAAGCUGUACGUCGCCUUCUGUUUCUGGGCGCUAUUCACACUGGCCAUCCUUGUCAUGAUGGAGGGGCUUUCGGCCUUCUUGCAUACACUACGUUUGCAUUGGGUGGAGUUCAUGAGUAAAUUCUACCAAGGUCUAGGAUACAUCUUCCAGCCAUUCUGCUUCAAGACGAUCCUCGAACAAGAGGAGAAGGAAGACUAAACAAUGUC